GGUACAAUAUUACAAUUUACAAUUUUACGCACAAGCACAAACACAUUAAAUAUUAAUACAUUGAUAAUAUAUUACAUACUACAUAGGUAGUAGGUACACUGUACUACGCUGAUGGAGAUUAGUCUAAUUUAGUUUUUUAUAUUUUAAUUUACUAAACUACUCGGUACUCAUUAACUUUAUAAAAAAUGUUGAAUUAAAGAGAGACAAAAAAGGCUAGAAAAUGGAUGAAGACUUAAAACAACUCAAAUCAGUGCUGAGAUCCUUAGUGGUCUCUAGCCCCACUCAAGUAGACGUUCGGUCACUGUUGCGUGAUUAUCGGAACAUGGUUGGCAAGCAAAUACCUCUUGCUAAGUAUGGCUACAAAGAUCCCAUCAUCUUCCUCAAGGAACGAUUUAGUGACUGUUUCUUGUUUCAGGGUUCUGCUGCAAACCCUGAACUGACAUUAAUUGUUCCGGAUGCAUUAAAGCACAUUGAUAAGUUUGUACAGAAACAAAAGUCCAAUCCAACAGUUAAAUUUAAGGGCAAAAGAAGAAGUGUGCCAGAAUCUGCAGUCAAACCAAUUGAAUCAAAUUUAAUUGUCAAGAGUUUUCAAUCUAAAAAUGUACAAAGAAAGCAACAAAAUAUGCCAAGUAACGAAACCACAAAUGAAGAAAUUAAAAAAUAUCAUCCUCCACCAACACAGAAUCCUCCACAGACUGAUAGAACUGAUGAUACAAAACAAACAAUUGAUAAUGGGAAUUGUUCACAAAGUGUUUUGCAGAACUUCCUCAAAAAGAGAACAGCACUUUACAGCUCCCACUAUGCAAUUAGUGAGGAGUCUUCCAAUAAUAAAGAAUCUCUUAAAGAUGGUGAUGAUUCAGGAAGACAGACAUCAUCAUCUUCAAGUAGCAGUAAGAAGACUCAGCUGGAAGAUUUGAAACGAGAAAUCAGAGAUAUAGUACUUGGUCAUCCGGAUGGUGUUUGGUGCACUGACAUUUUAAGACUCUACAGAGAGCGGUACGGGUGUGAGUUGAACUUUUCACGCUUCGGCUUCACGAGCGUGCUGAGCGUGGCGUGCGAGCUGGCGGACAUCAGCGUGUCGCGCCAGCCAGCCGGCGACUGGCUGCUGAGGGACGCGCGCGCCGGCCCCGCGCCGCUGCCCGUCAACUGCGCGCACGCGCCCCGCGCCCCCCGCCCCGCCGCGCCCUGUGCGACGCCCGACCCCGACGACGCGCUGCCCGGUGUCGCCUUCGAGGCGGACGUGUUCCCCGAGGACUGCAUGCACUUCCUGGAGAGCAUCCCGUCGGCAUCGCUGGUGGACAUCGUGCCCGGCACCAUGUUGGAGGUGGCCGUUGCCGAGGUGUACUCGCCCUCGCACUUCUGGCUACUGCGGCUGGGCGAGCGACACAACAUCGCCAUGGAGAACAUUAUGGACGAAAUGAACGAGUACUACACUCACGGCGAGGGCAAGAAUCGUACGCUGGCGCUGGGCGCGGUGCGCGUGGGCCACUACUGUACCAGCCGCUACGAGGGCGACUGGCACCGCUCACUCAUAGUCAAGAUCAUAGACAGCGACACCGUCAAAGUGCGGCACGUGGACUACGGCACGGUGGACCGGUGUGACGUGAGCGAGCUGCGCGCGCUACGGCGCCAGUGGGCGUGGCUCGAGGCGCAGGCGCUGCGGGCGCGCCUGGCCGGGGCGCGGCCCCCCGCCGCCGGCCGGCGCUGGCCCCGCCCCGCCGCGCACCACUUCCUGCGCCUCGUGCGCGACCGCCGCCUCGUGGCCAACGUGGUGGCCGUGGACGAGCGCGACGGCGCGCUGGAGGUGCUGCUCAUCGACACGGCCACGCGCGAGGACCGCUGCGUGAGCGCCGAGCUGGUGCGCGCCGGCCACGCGGACGCGCGCGCCGACUCCGCGCUGGGGACGUCGGAGUGUUACCUGUACCCUCGGUUCGAGGCGCUGGAGAACGGGGACACGCCCAACUUCGCCGAGAUACAUGCCUACCUGCGCGACGGCAUCGCGCUCGAGUUCGUCGACGACUACCGCCGACACGUGCCGCCCUGCCUCCCCUCCCCGCCGCCGACGAGCCUCCCCUCCCUGCCAUCGACGAGCCUCCGCUCCCCGCCGCCGACGAGCUUCCAUUCCCCGCCGCCGACGAGCCUCCCCUCCCUGCCGCCGACGAGCCUCCCCUCGCUGCCGCCGACGAGCCUCCCCCCCCUGCCUCUGCCGUGUCCGCCCGCGGCGCACCCCCCUCCCCCCCCGGCCGCGAGCUCGGUGUCGCUGUCGGCGGCGGAGUGCGAGAUGUUCACGCUGCUCAGCUGCGUGAACCCGGGCGCCGCGCACCAGUACAUGCUGCAGGCGGUGUCGCGGGCGAUAAUGGCGCGGUCAUGUCUCAACCCGCACGCGAAGGAGUUCCGGAUGGUGUCGGCGGAGACGCAAACCGGCGACACGAUUAGACCUCCGCCUGGCUUCGAGAAAUACUAAUCUAUUGACUUAUCCUUUCAAGAGGCUUAUAUACAAGUUUCGGUUAAAUCGUCGCGGAGAUUCGUAUCGGACCUUUGGGUCGAAAAACAUUGAAAACCGUUCUAAACUUCUAACUUUGAUUUGAAGUUAACAUGUGCCUGAGUGAGGUGCCUGUUUGUGGUCAAUGGCAGCUUGCCUGUAAUAAUACUACCUCAACCAGUUCCAUAGUAUUAAUAUAAUAUAUUAACAUAUUUUGGUGUUCUAUUUAAAAUAUAUUGAUUAGGAUGAAGAUAUCUCAGCUUAUGUGUCAUAUAAUGUAGUCGUUGAUUGACUCGGUCGCGUGCGGCGCUGGAGACGCCGCGGUGACAUUUCAGUGUGACAUUGUCGUUUGUAAAUGAAAUGUUUAGAAAUAAGCUUAAAUGGUAGUUUUUACUUUCGUUUGGAUUUUUCCCUUCAAGAAGUUUUUUUACAUUUUUCUUUGUUUAUAUAUAGUAAAUUUUAUUUGUUUGUUAAUAGAAGAUUAUUAUUCGAUUUGUAAUAAUUUUAACAUUGUGUAAAAAAUCGUUUAAAAUUAUUCUAUACUACUAAAAAUAAUGUUAUUACACAUUACAUGAAGCUGAUUUCAUUUUUAGAUAUAAAUAUUGACAUUUUUUAGCAUUAGCCAUAACCGAAUAUUGUUUCGAAGUUUCAACUUUAUUGUUUAUUGAUAUUAUUCAAUCUUAAUAAAGUUUUUCGUUUACAUACACAUUUUGUUAUAAUGACAAAAAUAUUUUGCAAUUGAAAAAUAGUAUUUUAAUUAACAUACAAUAUGUGUACAAUUUAUUUGAUGCUUUUUAUAUUACCUUGUGAAAGCUCUGCACGAACUAUGAAUAUAUUAUUAUGCCUAAUAUAUACUGACGAUAACAAAGAAGUCAUUCUGUGAUACUAGGGUCAAGUGUUGGUUUGCGAAAUCAUUGUUACACAUUUUGUGAAUUUUGGAAUAUAAA